AAAAAAUCAAAUUUAUUGAAUAAGAUGGCAGCCAAUAAAUUUUGGAAAAAGAAAGAAGUAAAAAUGACUUAAAAAUAUUGAGUUAUCAAGUUUGGAAUAAUAAGUUGGAGCAGCAUUAACAUAAAUUGAAGCAACAAUAACGGAAGUUAAGAAUUUGAAAUUAACAUCAGUUGUUGAUUUCACAGCAAAGAUUAAUGCUAAGAAAUAGGUGUAUUUGGUAUUUAUCCCAUAUCCAUGCUUGACAAUAUACAAUAAGAUAAGGUAUAAUUUUGGUAUGAGGUGAUUUUAGCUAAAAGCUAUUACCUGAAUUGGAGAAGAGAGUUAAGGCAACUAUCUUAGUGGCUGCUAAAAGAACAAUUGAGAGUAAGUGGGUCAAGAAUCACAGAUCUUAGACAAGACCUAAUUCAAGAACUCUUACAUCUGUUUAUAAUGAAUUGCUUGAGGAUUUGAUUUCCCCAUCUGUAAUUUUGGGUAGAAGAACAAGAGUCAGAGUUGAUGGCACCAAAUUCUAUAGAAUGUAGAAUGAAAUCAUUGAUUAAUUAGUUUCCUGGAUGAAAGCGAUUAGAAGGAGUUGGAAUCAAGACUUGAUUCUAUUAAGGAUGUUUACAAAGUAUUGACAACUAGGGAUUUGGAGUUUGAAUUCAGAAGAGAUGACACUUUCUAUUAAAAAAAAGGUGCUAAGAAAGUGGCUAAGAAAUGAUGAACAUUAUUAAGUAUAGUAUUAUAGGC